AUGAAACCAACAUCGGUUACAUUUGUUUUCUUGCUCCUAGUUGUUUUAAACGAGACCUGCGCUAAUGCUGUCAGUAAAUUGCGCAUAAUUGGUGGAAAGAAAACGACCAUAAAUCAAACAAAAUAUAUUGUAUCGUUGCGUUUAAAAAAUGGUGAAUUCUUUUGCGGUGGAACUUUAGUGGCCAAGAGAUAUGUGGUAACGGCUGCACAUUGCAUGGAGGGUCUUACCGCGAGGGACUUUAAUGUUCAUGGUGGUGUCACCUAUCUAAAUCAGAUCGGAGUUCGGCGGUCUGUUCAGAAAAUAAGCAUACCGAAAUCAUUCAAUAUGAAAAAUGUUAAUAUGGAUGUGGCCGUAUUGAAAUUAGAUAAACCUAUGACCGGCCGAUAUAUUGCCCCAAUUCGAUUAUGUUCUCAUCGUAUUCGUACCAACGAUUGGGUUAAAGUUUCCGGUUGGGGUCUAACACAUGAAAAUGGUACACGACCAUCAAAUCAAUUGCGUACCGUGAAUGUGCGCAUGAUAUCGAAACAGAAAUGUAAACGAGAUUAUCGUAGUGUAAUGCAGUUAUCGCGUACAAUGAUGUGUGGCUCAGUACCGGGCAAAAAGGAUGCUUGUUCUGGGGAUUCAGGGGGACCCUUGGUGCACCGUGGCGAAUUGUGUGGCAUUGUUUCGUUUGGAAUCGGUUGUGGUCGUAAGAAUUUUCCUGGUGUUUAUACGACUGUAAAUCAUGUAAAGAGAUUUAUAAGACAAUCUAUGAAAUGA